AUGGCUGAGGACUGCGGGAUUCCUGGAAGCCUUCUGAAAGUGGAGCGCCAGACGCUUUAUGAGGUCGAUGGGGUGCCGAUGAUGAGGCGCUUCUUUGAGUACAACGAGAAGAUCAGGAAUUUCGAGGCCAAACCAGACGAUGUGUUGGUCGCCACGUAUCCCAAAGCCGGUACAACAUGGAUGAUCGAAAUCGUGGACUGCAUCCUCAGCGGAGGAGUCACAGACAAAAUCAGAAACCAGCCGAGUGGAACCCGAGCCCCCUUUAUAGAGCUUUGCAAGUCAUCCCACUCAUAUCCCGGAGUGGACAUCCUGGACGCCACGCCAUCUCCUCGCCUCGUGAAUACACACCUGCCAGUCAAACUGGUGCCGCCAUCUUUCUGGGAGAGCAACUGCAGGAUCAUCUACGUUGCCAGGAAUGCCAAGGACGUCCUUGUUUCUUACUAUUUUUUCCAUAAGUUAAAUCUUCGAAUGCCAGAAACUGGAAGUUGGGAAGAAUUUUUUGAAAGCUACCUGUCUGGGAAGGUGGCCUGGGGCUCCUGGUUUGAUCAUGUGACCACCUGGUGGGACAUCAGGCAGCGCCAGCAGGUCCUCUACAUUUUUUAUGAGGACAUUGUCCAGGACCCGCAGAGGGUGAUAGAGAGGGUGUCCCCUUUCCUGGGCAGAACCUUUGGGAGGACCGUGAUAGAUGAGAUCAUGAAGCACACUGCCUUCAGCAAUAUGAAGGACAACCCCAUGACUAACUUCUCCAAUCUGCCUUGGUUUAACCUGAAGGUCUCGCCAUUCAUGAGGAAAGGAAAAGUCGGCGACUGGAAGAACCACUUCACCGUGGCCCAGAACGAGCGAUUUGAGAAAGAAUACCAGCGGCGCAUGGCCAAGACCUCUCUGCGCUUCACAGAUGACCUCUGA